GUUGGAGAAUAUGGCAGGAGAAAAGCUACCUUUCUCUCUGUUAUUACUUCAAAUUCAACUGUCAUAUACUCGGAGGAGGCUACAAGAAGAAGAGUUGCAGCUACACUCUCUAUGAAGGGGCAUCAAGAGAUAGAUAACUACUAUAGUCAAGGAUGGAUUCAACCAUUAAAAUGUGCAUUAGGAAGCUUCUAUGGCAAUUAUAACUUGGUGAAUAUGUAAGUAUUUUUGUAAAACUUUGGUGUUCAAUUGUUCUGUCUUCUCUUCAAUAUUUUGCUGCUAUUAACUAUUGUCAUAUAUACUAUGCCUAUAUUAUGUUUUUGGGUGCUUCCAUAUUAUGCCUUUGGCAGGUUUAGUUUAUUCCCACCAUUCUUAGAGUGAAUGAUCAUUUUACAAUGUUAAGUAUCUUGCCUAUGAAAAUUAUAUUGAGGUGCAUUCUAUAUAACUAGUAACUUAAUGUUUCCAAAUUCCAAAUAUCAAUACAAGAAGGGGAAAAGCUUCCUUUCUGACCUGGUUGAAAAUAUCAUGUAACUUUCUUUCAUUUCAAUUGGACUGUACUCAACUCAAGAAUAUUGAAAAUAAUGCAUCAAGUAUUGAUUAGCUUAAAAGGUUUCCGUAGGUGUAUACAAAAACUAAUCUCUUGGUAGUUGGCAUAUACACAACUAUAAGUACAUCACAUGAGUGCAGGCUAUCAAGUGUAUUAACCUAAUCAGAUUGGGAUUAACUUGAGUGGACACAAGCAGUUGAGCAAAUAGAAAAAAAGUUGAGCAGGUUUUUCCAUAAGCAACUUGUCGUCAGCAAGUGAACAUCGGAUGGUAAAAUCUUGUGAUAUUGAACUGAAUUUUUUGUUGAUUCAAGAAGGAAUCUUUAUGAUCAAAACAGAAUAAUUUUUGUUGAUUCAACAAAAGUGAAGAAUCACACAUGCUAUUGCCGUGCAUUAUUAAGCUUCUAAGAAAAAGUUUUAACUGUGCAACAUAAUUUUCACAAAGUUAACAAUUCCAUUGGUCACACAUCAAGCUAGUCUUGCAAUCACGCUGCAUAGUAAAGAAUUAGGAUUAAAGAUAAAAUCCAAUUGUGCUGUACCUUCCAAAGAAGAAUUUUAACUGUUAGUUAUAGCUUGUAUUUCUCUUGGUUUUAUCUGUAUUUCUCUUUGGAAAAUUCUCUUGGUUUUAUCUGUAUUUCUCUGACAAGAAGAUAAUGUUUACAUCCAGCAAUCCAAUAAAAGAAUCAUCAUGAGCGCCUAAUUCUGUAAUUACGUAUACUUCUAUACAUGAUUAAAUUUGGUUGUGCAACAUUUGAAAGCUUCCUCAACUUUCAAUUCUAUAUAAACUAUCAGAAAUAAAAAUACAAAAUUUAUUAGUCCCAAAGCAUCACAUAUUUAACAGUGUACAGAGUUAUUUUUUAAAGCAACCUCAUAGAUAAGCUGGCUAUCAUCACGUGAAAGCGUGAAAGCCAAUGUCUAUUGCCAACAGAUUUUAACCUUAUAUUAUUACCAUAAUACCAUGAUUGAUAUGCAGAUUCAUACUCCUUAGUUUUAUAUAAUUCCCACAAAGAAUAGUGUCCAUUGGUCACAGUGAAACCACAAUGUGUUAAUGCAGAGCCAGCUAAGCACUCCACUGAUACCGAAUUUUUUAUAGUUACCUUGGAGACUGAUACCACGUGAUAUCAUGUAGGACACCUUCUUUGAAAACUUGAUUAAGAAAACCCCUCAAUUGAGUUCACUACACCCUGCAACCAUUGUUCUCUUACCUUUCUCUGCAAAUCCAUUCACUUUUCUGUUGUUGUUGAGAUCAAAUCAUGGCUGGUGCACUUGUUGGUGGAGCUUUUCUUUCUGGCUUCAUUAACGUUGUCUUUGACCGGUUCCUUACAAUGGAUGCUGUCAACUUGGUCUUGGGCAAGAAACUUGGCCCUGACUUGGUUCAAAGGCUGAAGACUGCUCUGUUGGGUGCUGAAGGACUUGUUGCUGAUGCUGAGAUGAAGCAGUUCGGUAAUCCAUCUGUGAGGAAGUGGCUCGAUAAUCUCCGAGAUGCUGUUUACUGUGCCGAGGACUUGCUCGACACUGUCCUCACCAAAGUCGCCACUCGAAAGGAGGAAAGUUCUUCCUGGUCCCUUAGCUUCUUCAUCAACCGAGAUAGAGACGACAUGGUAGACAAGAUGGAAGGGGUGGUUAGAAGAAUUGAGGAUCUUGGAAGACAAAAAGAUUUCCUUGGUCUUGAAAAGAUUCCCACUGGUAGCUCAUCAUGGAGGACUCCGUCCACUUCUCUUGUGAGAGGGAAUGUGUAUGGAAGGGAGGAUGACCAGAAGGCCUUAGUCCAAAUGCUGAAUGACAACAAUGAGUAUCACUUGUCUGUGAUUGCUAUUGUUGGCAUAGGUGGGGUUGGUAAAACAACUUUAGCCCAAUGGCUGUACAACAAUGCAGAGUUGAUGGAGGGAUUUGAUCUGAAAGCAUGGGUUUGUGUUUCGGAGAAGUUUGAAGUUGUUGAGACUACAAGGAAUGUCAUAAAGCAGAUCCAUGGAGGUACUUGUAGUCUCGAUGAUUUCAAUUCACUUCACAAUGCUUUGAAAGAAGAAUUGUCCAAUAAGAAGUUCUUUAUUGUUCUUGAUGAUGUUUGGAGUGAUGAUGGUGACAAAUGGAGUAAUUUUAUGACCCCUUUCCAACAAAAUGGGAAUAAGGGAAGUAUUGUUCUUCUGACUACUCGGGAGGAAAAUGUUGCUUCCGCAGUUCAAAAUUGUCGGCCUUAUUUUCUCAAGAAGUUGUCGGAGGACUAUUGUUGGUCAGUGUUUGCAGAAAAUGCAUCUUUUCCACAAUCAAAUGGGAGAGCAGCACUUGAAGAAAUAGGCCGAAAGAUUGUCAAGAAGUGUGAUGGCUUGCCAUUAGCUGCAGAAACACUUGGUCGCUUGUUACGUACAAAACAUGAUGUUGAGGAAUGGAACAAGAUACUAAUGAGUGAUAUUUGGGGAUUUUCUGUGGAGAAGAGUAAGAUUAUUCCAGCAUUACUGAUAAGUUACCUCCAUCUUCCCCCAUAUUUAAAGCGUUGUUUUGUCUAUUGUGCUUUAUAUCCCAAGGAUUAUGAAUUUGGAACAGAUGAAUUAAUCCUUUUGUGGAUGACAGAAGAUCUUUUACCACCACCAAAGAGAGGAGAGAGUUUAGAAGAAGUUGGUUGUGAGUGUUUUGAUGAACUAACUUCUAGAUUAUUUUUCACCAAGAGUGAACUCUUUGAUGAGUAUUUUGUGAUGCAUGAUCUGUUGCAUGACUUAGCAAUAUUCCUUGCUGGAGAUUUCUAUUGCAACUCAGAAGAAUUUGGUAAAGAGGAGAUAAAGAUUCACACCCGGCAUUUGUUUGUAAAUUUAAGUCAUUGUAGCUCAAAACUUUAUAAUUCUAUUUCUAAAGUAGAAUCUUUGAGAACAUUAUUAUUGUUUGGCGAUUUCUCAUCUCCCAACUUUAACAUUGAAGCAGCAACAUGUGAGAUAUUAUCAAAGUGUAAAUACUUGAGAGUUUUAUCCUUUAGAAAACUUGAUGAGGUGCCUAAUUUAAUAGGAGAAUUGAUCCAUCUGCGCUACUUAGAUCUCUCUUGGACUGAUAUUAAGACAUUGCCAGAGUCUUUGUGCAACUUGUGUAACUUGCAAACAUUGAUGUUGUAUGCUUGUUCUAAGCUAACUACACUUCCUAGUGGUUUGCAUAAUCUUGUGAGUUUGCGGCAUCUUGAUAUUAGAAAUACCUCUUUAGAAGAAAUGCCCAGAAAAAUGAGCAAAUUGAAUCAGUUGCACGUUUUAAGUUCCUUUGUCGUUGGCAAACACGAAGACAAUGGAAUCGAGGAGUUAGGAGGGCUGGUAAAUCUUCAUGGAUCCGUUGAGAUUAAGAAGUUGGAGAAUAUUGUUGAUGUGAAUGAAGCAAAGAGGGCAAAGAUAAUGGAUAUGAAGCACAUUGAUGAAUUAUGUUUGCAAUGGUCUUCAGGUGAUGAUUUGGUUUUAAGUACACAAAAAGAAAGAGACAUCCUCGAUAACUUGCAACCGCAGAAUGGGUUGAAAGAGUUGGAAAUCAAGGGAUACAAGGGUACAAUAUUUCCAGAUUGGUUGGGGAACUGUUCCUACGAAAACAUGACACGUGUAUCUCUAAAGUCUUGCAAGAAUUGCUGCAUGCUGCCUUCACUUGGACAGCUGCCAUCUCUUAAGUCCCUAAGCAUUGAAGGUUUGGAUCAGCUGAGGAGUAUUGGCGAGGAGUUUUACAAGAAUGAAGGAGCUCAUCAUUCUUCGCGUAUUGCACCAUUUCCCUCACUUGAGAGUUUGGAGUUUGAUAACAUGGCAUGUUGGGAGGUGUGGCACGUAUCUGAGUCAGAAAAUUUUCCUCAACUUAGGAAGCUUGAAAUAACAAAUUGUCGAAUGUUGAAGGAAGGGAUGCGUAAUGAGGUAUUCUUCAGAAUAAUUUCUUCUUUGUCGGAUGUUUCCAAAGUUCGCAAACUACGUAUAGGCAAUGAUGUUAUAGAACGGCACAACGACGCCAUGUAUCUUGAUGGGGAUAGUUUAUCAAUUAGGGGAAGCGAAUCUGUGGAGGAGUCUGCAUUGAAGGCAAUGAUCAGCAUCAACCAUCUACGUUGCCUCCAUGAAAUACACAUCUUGAACUGUAGAAUACUAGAAUUCCCCCAGCUACAGCAGCACAAGUAUGAUUUGGUAGAGCUAAAAAUACAAGACAGCUGUGAUUCACUGACCUCCUUGUGGUUGGAUGUCUUUCCCAAUCUCAAGAAUUUGGAGAUAAGAGGGUGUAGGAAUCUGGAAUCAGUGUCAAUGUCAGAGGCACCACACACUGCUCUUCAACAUCUCUCCAUAUAUGAUUGUCCCGAAUUAAUGUCAUUUGCAGGAGAAGGACUUGCUGCACCCAACUUGACUCAUCUUCACGUCGCAGACUGCAGGAAGUUGGAGGCAUUACCACGUGACAUGAAGAGUCUACUCCCAAGUUUACACUCUCUCCAGAUAUAUGGGUUCCCAAAUAUUUGCAGGUUGCCAAAGGGUGGUUUGCCGCCUAACUUGAAAGAACUUGGUGUGGGAGGUUGCGAGGAACAACUGAGGGAUCUAUCAUGGAUGGCCAACUUGCACGCCCUCACUCAUCUCACCAUUAAUGGUUAUGACUGCGACAACAUAAAGUCAUACCCAGAGGUGGGUUCGCUGCCUCACCUUCCCUCCCUUACCACUCUCAAGGUAUGCUGGUUCAAGAAUCUGGAGACAUUGGACUGCAACGAGCUUCUCCGCCUCACCUCCCUUCAACAAUUGCACAUUUCAUUGUGCCUGAAGCUGCAGAAUAUGGAAGGAGAAAAGCUGCCUCCCUCUCUCUUGCUACUUCAAAUUAAACAGUGUCCUUUGCUGGAAGAACACUGCAAGAACAAGCAUCAACUAAUCUGGCCCAAAAUUUCCCACAUACCCACCAUUAAAGUCAAUCGCAAGAAAAUUUCCUGAAUAGAGAUUUCUGAGCAGGUUGGAGAAUAUGGCAGGAGAAAAGCUUCCGUUUUCUGUUACUAUUUCAAAUUCAACACUGUCCUUUGCCCGGCAAAGAAGAAGAGUUGCAGCUCAACUCUUUAUGAAGGGGCAUCAAGAAAUAGAUAACUGCUAUGGUCGAGGAUUUGCUUUCUUUAUGGAUUCAACUUUCAACCAUUAAAAUGUGCAUUAGGCAGCUUCUGUGGCAAUUGCAACAUGGUGAGCAUGUUAUGAUCAUUUUCCUUUGUGUGAGGCCCAAGCAAACAGUUUUUUUUGGAGAGUCCCUCUACAUCCCAAUUAGUGUGUUAACAUGAACAAAUGAAUGAUCGGAUGGUUAAUUCUUUUCUGGUUUACCUAGAGUUCUUCAUUCAUAGUCCUUCAACUUUGAGGUGUGAUUGCAAUCCGAGCGCUCUAGCCAAAGGGUUUGUAAGCAACGGCCGUCUAUUGUAUCUACUGUACCUGGAGUUCUGCAUGUAUGCUUAGUAGUGGUUGUAAGUUUUGAGACUUGUUUGAAGCUUUGAUUUGGAAAAUAGUGAAAAUUUUUACCUUCCCGUGGGUUUUUUUUUUAUCUCUCACAUUGAGAGGUUUUUUCCCACAUUAAAAUUUGGUGUUCUGUUGUUCUGUCUUCUCUUCAAUUAUUUGCUGGUAUUGGUGCUUCCAUAUUAUGCCUUUGACAGGUUUAGUUUAUUCCCACCAUGAAUGAUCAUUUUACAAUGUUAAACAUCUUGCCUAUAAAUUAUAUUGAGGUGCAUUCUAUA